UGUUUCCUGCUCGCUCAGUUUGCGCGUUUCGCAACCGAACGAAUUCGGGCGAGCGUCAUUCGGCCGUAGACUGUCGGCUGAGAAAGUGUACUUUGUUACGGACGCGCUCUGUCUGCAUCGUUCACAACCUACACCAACAUCGAAUCCGUUGGACCUCGCUUAAAAUCAUCGUCAUUGUAUAACAUGAUAGGCGAGGAGGAACGCGUACAUCAAUGCGGGGAAUGCGGCUUGACGCUUUCCACUCGGAGCGCGCUCACCGCUCACGCCCGCUCUCACCGUGUCACCGCUGAUGCCCACCGUUGCGACGUCUGCCACAAGACGUUCGCGGUGCCCGCCAGGCUGGUGCGCCACUACCGCACCCACACCGGCGAGCGGCCCUUCGAGUGCGAAUAUUGCCAUAAGAUGUUCAGCGUCAAGGAGAACUUGCAGGUGCAUCGGCGCAUUCAUACCAAAGAACGUCCUUACCGAUGCGGUGUGUGUGACGCGGCCUUCGAGCACUCCGGCAAGCUUCAUCGCCAUGCUCGCAUCCACACGGGAGAGCGACCGCACGCAUGCCCGCACUGCCACAAGACAUUUAUUCAGUCCGGACAACUCGUGAUACACCUUAGGACGCACACUGGCGAAAAACCCUAUCGCUGCCCGGCGCCAGGCUGCGGUAAGGGGUUCACUUGUUCGAAACAAUUAAAGGUUCACUCCCGCACUCACACCGGAGAACGCCCAUACACCUGCGACAUCUGCCUUCGAGACUUUGGCUACAAUCACGUUUUAAAACUGCAUCGUUUCCAACAUUAUGGGGAACGUUGCUACCGUUGCACGGUAUGUGAUGGAACAUUUAAUACCAAAAAGCAAAUGGAAGCUCACAUAUACAAGGAACACGGCGCAGACACUCCACGUGCGCAGUCCAUGCAGUCUACGGCGCCUAUAGUAGUGAAUGGAAAUGUGAUGUGUGAUUUGGUUGAAGCAGCACUACAGCAACUUCCACCGACGCCCCCCAGCUCACCGCCGUCUCCUCAGUGCCAGACCGUGCCGGCUCCCGCCUCGGUGGCGGCCUCGCCACCAUCGCAGUCGCCGAUGCAACCACCCACGCCGCCCCCGGCAACUGCUACCUUACAGUAUAUCCUGGCGCCGUCGUCGCUGCCACCGAGAAAAAGAAAACUCAUUCCUCAGGCUGAGGUAGAGGCCCCGCCAGUUGUACGGCACACUUCUGUUAUACAAUUCGCGCCGGCAGCCGCCGAUUCAUAGUAAUCCUUUCCCAUUAUUGUAAUACUUAGAAAAUCUUAGACUUAGAAUUACAUUUUUAAGAUGCGUUUUCUACUUGAAGGCUGUUUUAAUGACUAGCUUGCAUGAGAUUGUAGUGCUUGUUUAGAUGAUAGUUGUAAACCUGUAAUACUUGAUCUGGAAAAAACUACUUUACUUAAACAUGUAACGGGAAUAUGAUAACCAAAAUAAUGUGUACAAGUGUAUUUGUAGUUAAUAAGAAUUGAAAAGACUAAUUAAAGAGCUGUCUGAAUGCAUUAGUGCCGUUAAUAUUGUAAGAUUUAAAUUAAGUUUUGUAUUUAUCUUAAUUAGAAAUAUGUUAUAAGCUUAUCAACCUAAGUAAAAUAUAUCAUUCGUGAAUAGUUUA